AUGGCAGCUACAGUUACCGCUACUAGCACAUCAGCACCAUUUCCUAAAUUGAGACGGCUGUAUCUGAAUGGGCUACCUGAGUGCGAGGAGUGGGAAUGGAAUGACUGUGAGGAGCAUAGUGAUGUGGAAACUGCCAUAGCCAUGCCUUGCCUUGAGAAACUCCAAAUCGAUAACUGCAAGCUGAGCUGUCUUCCACCGGGCCUUGCCAGCAGCAAGAGGCAUGCUCUUAGAGAACUAAACCUGUACGAGCUCACCAACCUGACACAUGUGGAGAACUUCCCUUCAGUUGUGGAACUUGACGUGUUUGACUGCCCUGAGCUCAAGAGGAUCAACGGCCUCCCCAUGUUGCAGAAGAUUAGGAUCGUUCGCUGCACAAAGCUGGAGGUUCUAGAAGGUGUCCCAGCACUCGACAGUCUUCGACUGGAGGACGCCACCAUGGACACGCUUCCGGAAUACCUGCGAGCCGUAAACCCAAGGUAUCUCGAGUUGGGUUGCAACCUGGAACUAUGCGAAUCCUCCUUAUCACCGGGUAGCUCUGAAUGGAACAAGAUCAGCCAUAUUGGAAAACGCAACAUUGGCUGGCUCGAAGAUUAA